AUGUUAGUUCGUGUACAGCAAGAUGCGGUGGAGUGGUUUGAGAAAAUCUUGAGUGCCGUGUCACAGGAUGUCUCCCAGCUCUAUGAGGGAAGAUUGCAAACAACUCUGAGGUGCCUGAAGAGAGAUCAUGAGUGUCAUGAAGAUAACAAUUUUUUUUCACUUCCACUCUCCAUUGAUGCAGAACAUUAUGAUGUAUUCAAUGUGGUGGACGGUCUUGAGGCCUUCUUUAAAACCACAAGGUUUGAUGAGGAUGACUGGAUGUACUGUGAUGACUGUGAUGAGAAAACAGACACUGAAAUUAGUUUUAAUGUUCAGAAGUAUCCCACAAUACUGAAUCUGCACCUCAAGCGCUUUUACUUUGACUACAUGACAAUGGGAUAUCAGAAGAACUGCUGCCCGGUGGACAUUCCCCCUUCUCUGAACUACUUUGAGUGGCGUGUAUGGAAGUGGCCACUACUGGGCCAACAUUAAGUGUCCUGAGAAUAAUAACUGGUAUACCUUUAACG